AUGGAGACGAUGACCAGGAGUGUCUUCCAGCGGGCGUGGAUCCGCACCCAGGCCUUUGCAACGUUGAAAUCACCGCGACCGGGCCAAUAG